CCGAAUAUUUCAGGAACAAGCCAAAAGCAGGGUUAAGUACAAAUUCUGGUGGCGGACACAAAUCGUUGAAAAUUACACCUCAGGAGCGGCUUAAGAAGAAAAUGCAAGCCCUGUUGAACAGGCAAUAUAAAGCUGAUAAGAAGGCUGAGCAAUUGAGAAUCGAGAAGAUGGAGCAGCAAAGACAGGAUCGAGAAGACGAGAUUCGAGAAAUGUCUUUAAAGCUUCGUAGAAAACAGAGAGAACGAAGACAUCGUUAUGAAGGUCAUAGUUCUGAUACACGGUCUUCUGUGUCUCGUACACCAAGUCCGAGCCGUAGUCCAAGACAUCAUACUGUACGUCGCGAUAGGCGAGACAUGGACGGUGAUCGCGAGCGGGAUAGGGACAGGGAGAGAGAUCGACGUGAUGAUCGUGAUCGGAGUAGAACAGAGUCGCGUAGGAGAUAUAGAGAUUCACCACUUCGUUCAUUGAGUCCGAGGAACAAUCGGUAAAAUCCCCCGAAUCUAACGCCUAGAAUUGCGAUUACCGAGUUGCACCGAUAAUUUAUAUUUACUGGACAUUAGCGAUUAUCUCUAUUAGUAUUAAUUAAUGAUUAUUAACACAGAGAAGAUCGAUUAAGGGGAGAUCAAUGCUAAUUCAGUGCAACUAAAUAUAAUAAUGUAUAUUUUAUAUGCUGCUAAAAAAAAACCUAUGCCAUUUUACGUUAUUGCAGAGGCCUAGUCGACUAUUGACUUCAGGACAUACACUCUUCCAUCCAAAUGAUUCGAAACCGAUAUUUUGAAUAUUUCCCGUUCAAUUGCAUUCCUUCCUUAAAUCACUGUUAAUGUCCGAAAGAAUCGCAUAAUCGCAUAAUGAGGAUGAGGAGUAUAUAGACCUGCCAAGAUUGUUUCAUAAUGCGUUUUGAAUUAUAUAUAACGCAAUUUAAUCUUUAUAAUGUUAAAUAAAUGAAGGUAUUUCUAUAUUAUAUUUUUGCUUGCACCGAUUAAUUUUCGCGAUGCUUAUAUAAGAAUUAGAAAAAUUGCGGUGAGAAUAGCUAAUACAUAAUGUUAUCGCGAAGAUUAUAUAUACUUUAAUUUCGCAAGAAGGAUGAAAAUAUUCUUAUAUUCUAGGAUUGAGAGUGCACUCUUUUUACUAUGUAUUUCUCUUAUUGUUAAACAUAAUUCUUCAAUAAUAAAGAUGUUUAUUUCACAG